UCUCUAACGGCUCUCUAACGGCUGUAACGGGUUGAUUUGCGUCCAACGGUCUUCGACAGUGUCUGAAUUGCCAUAUAACCGUUGGUUGGCGGUUGAACGAUGACCUCCAGAGGGACGCCGAGCCGCUUCCUCCAGAGUGUUCUCCAGAACGGCGUCGGUCGGUACGUCUGCCAGCUCAAACGGAUCUCACUCAUCUUCUCCAAGAAAGCACAGAGCUCGUUGGGAGUCAGGGAGUUUAUUGAAGAGGGGGUGGUGGAUUAUGCCAAGAAGAACCCUGCAACUGUCGUGUAUGUUUCUCCUCAGUCAUGCAGGAUUCCCAAAAUAGUUGCAGAAUACUUAAACGGCAACGUGAGGGAAGAAAUUAUCACAAACAAAACCUCUCCGCAGAUUUCGGAGCUCUUGGCCAAGCUGACCAAUCAGUCUGGCCUGGACAUAAUCCGCAUCCGCAAACCCAUCCACACAGACAACCCCAGCAUCCAGGGCCAGUGGCACCCAUUCACCAACCGGCCCCCGUCUAUCGGCCCCAUCAGACCACAGAAACAGGACUGAAUAAAGACUGAACAAAGUCAAAAAGUAUGGAUGCUUCCAGAAAAUGAGUGCUGAAUCUCUGGUUACUCUCACAAGAUAUGUCCUUUUUUUUUAAGCGUCUGCAAUCUCAAAUCACAGGUUCUCAUGUUUGCAGCAAUUUUCAAAUGUAUUUGUUGGAUAAUUCUGCAGAACACCGCACUAUCCACUAUCAGCUGAAUAUGUUUUAUCAUGCCCUUCAGUCUGUUGGUGGCAGCAAAGCCACUUAAGCUGCGCAGAAAAGUGCAUGCAGCACCAGCUCUGAAUGCCACAUUUAAAUAGACUUUACAUGAAUCCACUAGAGGCUUAAUGUCAACGGACAGAUAACUGUUUUUAAUCUCAAGGUUAUUUGUAGAUUUGGGUAAUAAGUGCAGCACUUUGGAGAAGAUGGAACUUUGUAUGGAAUAAUAAAUGUGUUUUUUUGUGCA